CAAUGUCGUUUCAAUUCCAAGUUGUUUUAAGGCAAUAUUUUUGGAGCUUCCAAAUUUUGUUAGAAAGGAAAACCCUGCUUGAAAAAGAAGUACCCAACGAUGAGGCAAAGCGGGGAGCCAUCCGAUGAAUUAAGAGAGUCUAGAUCAAGGUCCCAGGAUGAGGAGGUCGAAAAUCUCAUAGAUGCCCUCCACUUGAAUCUGCUCCACCUAACAGAAGACCGACAGCGGCUGCAAUUGCAGGUCAACAAGGAGUCCUGUAGAGCUCGGCUAAUCCUGGCCAGGGUCAGAAUGCACCAGGGCUGUCAACGCACUUCAGCAGAGGCCCUGCUACCAAGAGGGCGACCCUACAAGGCUCUUUCGCGAGUUCUAGAGGAAUCGAGUUAUUGGGGAAAAGUCUUCAAGAUCAUGCGACUUCCAGUCGAUCCGCUUCUGGGAUAUUUUCGACCCCUCACCAAAAUCUUUGGCUCUCUGGUGUCACAAAGCUUGCGGAUUGCAAAUCGGCAUUGGGAUCACUGUCUAGAUCUAGUAGUCGAGUGUGCCAACAUCCAAAGAGAACUCCAGGCCACGAUCAACUCUAUAGAGAAGCUAAGAUGGUCUCAGGAUCAAAGGUUAUCACUUUAGAUGACCAAGAAUGGAGCGCUUCUGGGGUUCCUCUAGUACCUUGUUCAAAGGAUAAGAAAUCUGAAUGAAUGAAAGAAGUUCCUUCAGAAAAACUAUUAUAUGAUAUAAUUUUGCUUUAGAAUAAUAUAGUUUUGUACUAAUA